CAGGGGUCGCUAAUUUUGUGUUUUGAUAGGUUGUCGGAAUAUAUUUUUAAAUUCCUGAUUAAAUUUUAUGAUCUGUAGUAACUAGUAAGUACUUGCUGCUUUUAUUGUUAACAUAAUAAUUUUAUAUUGACUAUCGACACUUCUACUGAAUACGUUGUCAUAGGCUUUAAAUGAGUGGAUAUUCACAUAAUCACAUGGUGAUCAAGAUUAAAGGUCAUCAGGUAAGACAUCAUGCCCCCCAAAACUGAAUCUGCAAACCAGAAAAACCCCGUUCACCAAGCAAACUAUUGGCGCGACCACUGCCUGGACGAAGUUCGUCGUGAAGCACGAUGGAAAGCAGGAUACGGAAAAUUUCUCUUGGGAGCACAACCCAAGCUCCGAUUAACCAAAGAGAAACCAUUGCGUCUACCGGUGCGCGGUCGGCUGCCGAUGCACUAUGAUCCUGAUAUCCAGGUUGACCUCUCCAAUCGGUUCAUUCAGCGCCAUUUCCACAUGCCACAACUGCAUUCCCACCAUGUCUACCCACAACUGCAAUCCUACAAAGUUAAUCUGCCCGAGCGACCGCUGAAACACAUUGUCCGCAAUGUCCAUACUGAAUCCCAACCGAAGCUGGAAACUUACGCGCCUCCAUUCCCUAAAACCGAGAGCCGGAAAUAUGGGUGGCUAGUGAAUGGCCCGACUUAUGAUUUUCCAUCUGUAGGAAAACAAGCGAGGAAGCAGUCCGACUUGGCAAAAGCUGUUGGACUUCCGUAUGAAGCAUGGUAAAAAAACCCGGAUGUCAUUCUCGAAACCCAGUAGUACUUAAUUACAAUCAAGACAUUUGAAUUAUGGAAAACCAUGCGCAUAGCAGUAUUUAAUCAUCACCGUUUUUAAAGAACGAAUGCCGCGUUGACUAUGAUACUAACAAGUAAGUAACCACAAGUCCAGCAAAGGUAAAACCCAGUUUCCAUACAAAAAGUUCAUUUA